AGCAAUCAAAGCAAUCGAUAUUAGACCACUGGAAUGUUUAUGUUUUGGCAGAUUCCUGAAAACCGAAGGGGAGGUGAAGGUGAGCGGGCGAGGAGGUCAGUAGCGAAGGUUGAGUCACCAUGGCAGUCGACGAUGACGUGGAUGUGCUGCCCGAUCGGGACGCAGCCAAAGGGUUCUACGCCAAGUACGAGCCCAAGGAGGUGCUGGGACGGGGCGGCUGCUCAGUGGUGCGUCGCUGCAUCGAGAAGGAGACGGGCCAGCAGUAUGCCGCCAAAAUCAUUGAUCUGAGUGACUCCUCGGAUGAAGGUGUGUACGAGGCCACCAAGAGGGAAAUUGAGGUCCUGCGGAUGGUGGCUGGUCAUCCCUUCAUCAUUGAGCUUCAUGACGUCUUUGAGUCGAUGACCUUCAUCUUCCUGGUGUUUGAGCUCUGUGAACAUGGAGAGCUGUUUGACCACCUCACCACCGUCGUCACCCUCUCGGAGAAGAAGACCAAGGUCAUCAUGAGGCAGCUGUUCGAGGCGCUGGCCCACGUGCACGGCAAAGGCAUCGUGCACCGCGACCUCAAGCCCGAGAACAUCCUCCUCGACGACAACUACAACAUCAAGCUGACCGACUUUGGCUUCGCUAAGGUUCUGCAGCCCGGCGAGACCCUGACAGAUGUUUGCGGCACCCCGGGCUACCUGGCGCCGGAGGUCCUUCACUUUGCUAUGUUCGAGGGCAGCGAAGGGUACACACACGCUGUCGACCUGUGGGCGUGCGGCGUCAUCAUGUACACCCUGCUGGUGGGCUGUCCGCCAUUCUGGCACCGUAAGCAGAUGGUGAUGAUCCGCAACAUCAUGGAGGGCAAGUACUCCUUCAACUCCCCUGAGUGGGAGGACAUCACAGACAGCCCCAAGGACCUCAUCUCCAAGCUGCUGGUGGUGGACCCCUCGCGCCGCAUCACUGUCCAGCAGGCGCUCACCCACGACUUUUUCCAGAUCAUGCCUUGCCGGAGUCGGAACCUUGUGGUCACCGUCGAUAAGAAGCAAUACAAAGGUCGGCCCUUCAACGCACGCAAGAUGUUCCAGUUUGGCGCGCUGUGCGUGCGGGCUGUCAUCAGGAUCCAGCGGCUGCGCUACACCCCCGAGCCGGUGUCCCUGGCGGUGACACGCGUCGAUCCAUACCGCGUCAAGGCCCUGCGCAAGGUGAUUGACAACUAUGCCUUCCGUGUGUAUGGCCAUUGGGUGAAGAAGGGAGAGGGCCAGGACCGUGCCGCCCUCUUCCAGAACUCCCCCAAGAUUGACUACCCUCGCAGCCCCCUCAAUAGUCCCCUCAUAUUGACCCGGGCAUAGUGACGCUCACCAGUAGGAGCUCACUAAGAAUGAUGAAAAUAGCCUCUUACUCUGGGCACUCCAAGCAGGAGAAAGUUUUUCUUUGCACAGUUGACCCUUAAUUUUCUGGAACCUCAAUAUCCUGGUUUUCAGAUUUUUUGGAAAGAAAUUCUGGAUGAUUUAAUUUCUGCUACACCCCCAAUUACCAGACAGCAAACAUAGUUCGGUAUGUAUACCUAUGAGUACAUAUAACAUACAUAUAAGUGUUGAACAAAAGUAUGAUCUGAUCAAAACACUUAAGAGUUUAGUAGUGGUAUAAUAAUAUGAUUAUUUAUAAUUAAAUGUUUUGUUAAAUACCCACAAGGAAAAUCUAUACUUCUAGUAGUUUUUAUUUAACAGCCCUUCUCUGGUAGUCCAUGAAAUUGAGGGCCAUCUGUAUACUGUGAAAGACAAGCCAUUCCUUCUGUUAGGAAAGUCAAGUAUUUCAUCCACAUCAGACAGGAGAAACUUUCCCUCAAGCUGAAACAAGGUUUUGAAAUGCUAUCACAGGGAUUACUGAUCCGUGAGGGACAAAAACAAGUAUUGCACAAAAAAACAUUUAUUAUAUUUAAGCAUAUUCUGAUAUUACACAGUAGCUUUAUCAUGUAGGCAAGGUGAGUGUUUCAUUACAUCACAUUAUUUAUUCACUGCACGUCACGGCCAGACGGUCACCCCAGGGAGUUUGUCUUAGUGUCGGGACAAGUUAAUUAAGAUCAGUGAAAGUCCAUUAAUCCAAGUUCCACUAUAUUGUCAGGAAAUCUUGUAGUCUGCAUUCGUGUUAACAGAUAAUUUGAUAUUCUCCCAGAAAUUUUCAGUUUUCAAAGGCAGUAAAUUGCAAUCCCUCAAAAAACAGUCUUCUAAAACCUGGAGCUCUGGAAAGUACCAAAAAGGCUCAUCGAUGAAUGGACUGCGAUGCUCCUGGGACGUGUUUGAGGUUGUGGUGCACAGGAAACCUUGUAAAUUAAUGUAGAUUGAAAUCUUUUGUAUAUAGCUUUCUUUUCUUCCACAGCACUUGCCAUUUUAUGUAUAAAUAUUUAUUUUACUGUGAACAGUAUUAUUAUAUCCGAGAUGAAUUUUGUUUUCUUAGACUUCACUGUUUAUUGUUAUUGAAUUAUCUGCUUUUUGUUUUAGAGCAAAAUACCUCUUGUUGUUGAGCAACUAGAGGAGAGAGUAACAGGGACACUAGUGCUGCAUUUUUUCAAGAUAAAAUACAUGAUUUCAAAACAUAAAGUUAACACGGUAUCACUAGUCAGUUUAGAGUGUGGCGUGGGUGAGGGAGUGUGGCUGUGCUGGAGCAGCCGCUGGAUGGGCACACUGCAUGGUGAUGUCAGGCACUCAUAAAGGCAAUGCUAAGGCUCAUAUUUGUGCUUUGCUUUUAUUACUGAUAAAAAUCACUGUGUCCCUCAGUGGUGAGUGAAUAAGGUGUCCUGGUUAUUUAUCAGAUAGGUUGAAUAUCCAGUGUGGCAGAAUUUGGAGGGUGAUUGGUGACAGGUUAAACUGAGGCAGAAUUUUUUUUUCGAAGUACUAUCCUGUGACUAAAGCUGAUGGAGCUGUUGGAUGAUAAAAGAAAAUAUGUCAUAAUACUAUGAAAAUAAUGACUGGAACAAUGAAGAACAGCCAUAAAUCAUAUUGCUGUCUUAAAACUGUUGUUAGUCAUCAUGCAAGUGUCUGGAUACAUUUAGCAUGCAGCUGUGUCUUGUAAAAGUCUUAUUGGGCUGAACUUACUGAACUUACUGAACUUGGUCAGUAUUAAUUAUUCCCUCACCAAUGUAUGAAUGUGGAGAGUGGAAUAAUGUUGCUGGGAGCCGUUCUUGGCGGUAGAAACACAGAUAUGGUGUCAAGUGACAGUUUUACAACCAUGGUAAUGCUUUUCUCUUUUUAAAUGUUUAAGGUUGUUAUACUAUGGCACAAAGAAAACAUCUUGGUGAAGAAAACACAGGGUUGGAUUUGCACCAACCCAGCCAGUGUUAUAUGCAGAUACAGCUGUUGUUUUUAAAUUGUUUCCUGUUGUACUCAGGUAUGUGCUCUGCAUGCCGCUAUGUCUUUUGGUGUUUGGAAAUGUAAUAUAUUGAAAACAGAAAUUACAUCUAUCAUUUGUUAGAUGCUUUGAGAGAAAAAUUUUAUUACUACUUAAUUUGAGAAUUUAUUUACUCCAUAGUUUGUGGCACAAAAACUAGUAAUUUCACUUGAGAUUUUCUUAAUUGUACUUCUUGACUAAUAAAUACAAAAUACUUUUUAGAUAUCUAAUGCUCCUAAAUUUUCUAAAUUCUUUCAACAUUUUGUUGCCACAAAAUAUGGUCUUACAAAUAGUACUAUAAUCACUACUACAGCCUGUUUUCAAUACCCUUAUGUAUGUGUGUGUGAACUUUUAACACAGCAACAAAGACAGUUUUUUUAGCUAUUAACAUUCAAUUGGUCGCUGUGCAAUAGGAUAUCCCCCUCUGUGGUGCAGGCACAGGUUUGGGUGCAUUUAGUUGCCUGUUCCUAACUUUUCUGCCCAUACUAUUAAUGCAAACAAUGUACAAGUGUACUGGUAAGAGUGAGGCAGAUUAGCAUAUUGUAAAGAAGGAGACCAGGAGACUGAUAUCAGAGGGUUGUGGUGGGAGCCAGACAUUCAGUUGUCCAUUGGUUGUUUCAAUCAGUUAUCCAUCUUGAGUAAUACUGAGUAAUCACUUCAGAAACAGGUCACUGUGUAAGAUAAUCAAACAGUGUAUAGACCUCAUCACUACUAAUUCAGAGUUUUUUCUUCUCACUUCUGCCACCCUCACUAAUAAGGCACUAAAGUAUUAAUAUAAUAAGCACUACAAGACACAGACAGCAUCACAUUCAUGGGGAGUGGUGAUGUAUUGCCUGGUGGUUUUCAAGAAACUUUAUUAUUAGUGUUUAAAGAAGGGAAAGUUGAAAGACUGUGAAGCUGGUGACAUCUUAAAUAGGGUACACAUGGCAUUAUCAUCUGCACCAGACUAAAUUGAUAUCAAAUUCAAGAGAGGGAGUUGAUUAUUGACUGAAGGUCUUGUAAGAAGCCAUCUCAAUGUCUAGAGCUGGUGUCACUUGUAAUAUCUUGACAGCUGGUGAUGCAAACAAGAUCUGUCGGAACUAUUGUUAACUGAAGGUUUUGUUUUGUAAAAAGCUAACUCAAUGUCCAGAGCAAGUGUAGCUGGUAAUAUCUUGACAGCUGGAGAUACAAACAAGAUCUAUGGGAACUAUUGUUAACUGAAGGUUUUGUAAGAAUCUAUCACAAUGUCCAGAGCUGGUGUGACUUGUAAUAUCUUGACAGCUGGAGAUGCAAACAAGAUCUAUGGGAACUAUUGUUAACUGAAGGUUUUGUAAGAAUCUAUCACAAUGUCCAGAGCUGGUGUGACUUGUAAUAUCUUGACAGCUGGAGAUGCAAACAAGAUCUAUGGGAACUAUUGUUAACUGAAGGUUUUGUAAGAAGCUAUCACAAUGUCCAGAGCUGGCGUGACUUGUAAUAUCUUGACAGUCGGUGAUGCAAACAGGAGCUCUAGGAACUAAAUGAUCUCACUCUGUUGCUGCAUCUCCUUCCAGUGCCAGUCAAAGUCCUUUAGUGGCGUUAAGUGGGUUUAAGUUUUGUAGCAUUCUAGCGUACUCCCUCCUUUUUAGACGUUAAAAUUUCAAAUAUUAGUAGAUUCUUAUUUUUAUUAAAUAUUUAAUAUAUUUAGGGCCCCUACAGACAAAGGGGCCCCAGCAGCUGCAUGUUUCAUUUGUACCAUGAACCAGCCCUGACUCCUUCCUUGUGUCAUGGAAGGCACUCAGGCACUGGCCCAUGAAGGUGUUGUCUCGUAAAUUUAAAACUUAUGCAAGUAUUGAGGUGUUGAACAAGAGGCUGGUGCAGCAUUUUAACUAAAGAUUUAGUAAUGUAAAACAAAACCAGGGAAUGUAAAAUAUCCAGUGUUUAACACUUCUGAAGUUGAUAGGCUUAGUGUUUAUCUGAACAUCACUAUUGUCAUCAAGAGCAGUCCUGCUGAGCUCUCCCUGCAUUGGCCUCGUCUGCCUGGUGGAGGCUUCUGUGUUCAGCCCCUUGCCCAACACCCUCACUAGGAAACAUUGCAGUGAAGAGCAACACUAGUCUGAAAACUGUUUUGGCUUAUGAAGUGUAUUCAUAAAACAUGUCUGCACAUUGAAGUUUUUGGAAUUAUAUUUAAACUGAUACAUUU